CUUAUUUCCUGUUAGUUUAUGACAGAUGUUCUCUGCGGUAAUUUUGGUCUUGGUGGUAAAAAACAAGUUCUAUUAGAAGAGAAAAGUUACUCUCACUAUCACUCCAUCAUGUACUUAAACACUAUUGAUUAAUGUAAUUGAAAGGAACUGGAAACAAAAUGUGUUAAUGUGUACGUACUUUAUAGGAUUGGUGUACUAUUGCAUAUUGAUAGGUAAGAUUUGCAUGUGAAGUUAUGAUCAUAUUUAAUACCAUAAUCAGUGAACUACAUUUGUUUGUUUAGUUAGUGUUUAUCAUCUCAGGUUAUUUAGUGUUUGUUUGGCCAUUGGUUAGAGUAAUGCAGAUAUUAGUUAUGCUAGGUAUUAGUAAUACAAGAUUAUAUGGCGUCACUGUUUCUGGAUAAGUGAGAUUGAAAGGUGUGUUUUGUUCAUUAGUAUUAAUGGAGUAAGUUGUAAGUGUGUAAACCAUUAAAUGUGUAGAGUUGAGGUUUGCCAAUGUUUUCUCUCUCUGUUCGAAAAUGACAAGGAGAGGUUUAGAAACUAGCUGAAGGAAUUGGUCUGUAUUUAUUGUCUGGAUGGUUGUUUCUGAUGCUGAAUAUAGCCCUGAGAUGGAUUAUCAAAUUUGUGGUUUUACCGACUUUGUGCAGGAGGAUUCAAAAUUCAAGCAAGCCGUAAGAAUCAGGAAUCCCAGAAAGAGGCUGAAAAAGAUGUGGAUACCUGCCAAAAAUAAAGCAAAAUGUGCGGACUGGAUGAAAUCGAUGUACAAGGUCAAGAUUUUGAAGCACCUAUCGAAAAGAGUAAGGGUGAUAGGAUGCAAAAGAUAUAGUGACGACCCGGAACAGGUGCAAGAACCAGUUGAAAGGAAACAACAACUCUCUCUUGAAAGGGACAACUAAGUGGAGAGCAUUGCUAGCGGGUGCAAUUGGCAGGCCAUUAAUGCUUCUUGCUGGUAAUACGUAGCACAUAAACUUGGCAAUUUACAUUCUUAUGCCCGCGGCUGUGUUGGAAUCACGUUGUGGAAUAAAUAGUAAGCGGUUUGGGAGCAUAUGCAAGUCUUUAACUUAGGCUCAUGGAGACAUUUUCCUUAUGUGUGUAUCCCCUUCACAAAUCCUGUAACCAUUGUUUUUCUUCUUUUGUGAGGACCUAAUUUCAUGUAAAAACAUACCUUAAUACCCUUUUUCUUUAAUAUACUUCUUAUAUAUGCUUUAUACAUAUAA